GAUACAUAUGAUGCGCCGGGAGCUGGAUGCGUGUUGUCGUCAUAAUAAAGCACCACCAUCCGAGAGAGCGUUCUCUACGCGUCUGUAUCCGAGAAGACAAAGACUUGUAAGGAUAUACGAUGUGCGAUUGCUCCCUCUUAUCGCAAAGAUAAGAUAGCCUUUCGAAAAGUCGACACGAGAUAAGUGUUUACGAUACUGGUAGAUAACGUGGCACCUGCAGUUCUCCGAAAGAUAACAGGGAUCGUUAUUAUUCUUCACCGUAACAGAUGCGUCGGUAGAACGACGUGAGGAGCGUUCGAACUGCAAUAUCUCACAAAGAUGGUACGGAGGAACGGACUCUGGAAGCUGACGCAGCUUCGCGCGUUGAUGAAGAACGUGCAAGCUGGCGGCAUUCGAGAGAAGGGUAUCCAGGCGCUGAUCGUCAACGGGGAGGACGCGCAUCAAUCGGAGUACUCGACCGAACGAGACCAGAGGCGAUGCUUCAUUAGCGGGUUUCGCGGCUCCUACGGCACCGUAGUCGUUAUGCAGGACGCGGCAUUAUUGUGGACAGAUGGGAGAUAUUACCAGCAGGCCAUGGCGGAGUUGGACCCACCGGAAGCAUGGACUCUGAUGAGGGAAGGUCUAUUGGACACCCCAACCAUCUCUGUGUGGCUGGCUGCGAACUUACCUCCAAAGUCCGUAGUCGGGGCGGACGCCAAUCUAAUAAGUUACACGGAAUGGGCGCGACUGCACACCAGUUUAACCGCCGCUGGUCAUUGCUUGAUUCCACUUCCUGAGAACCUGGUAGACAAGGUGUGGGCUGACGAGCAGCCAGCGCCGACAGCAAACGCGGUUCUACCGCAAUCGUUACGAUAUUCGGGCCAGAGCGCAGGAAACAAAGUGAGACUAUGUCGCGACGCUAUGCGAGAGAACGACGCGACGGUGCUCGUGGUGACCGCGUUGGACGCAAUUGCGUACCUGCUGAAUUGGCGUGGCUCUGAUAUACCUUUUAAUCCUGUCUUUUUCGCAUAUGUCAUUCUCACCCUGAAAGAUGUACACGUUUUUAUAGAUAGAAGUAGACUCAGCCAAGAGGCAUUAGAACAGCUCAAGAAUGAAGGCGUCGAUCCUGUCUUUCACUCGUACGAGGAUAUACAUGUUUACAUGAAAGAGCUGGUGAAUUCAUGUACAGAUCAGGAUAAAAUUUGGAUCAGUAAUAAAUCCAGCUACGCGAUACACGCGGACUGCGGAGAUAUCAAGAAGCACACAGAUAUCACGCCUAUUAGCGUUAUGAAGUCGAUAAAGAAUCCUGUCGAAAUAGAAGGUAUGAGAGCGUCGCACACGAGAGAUUCUGCCGCUCUUGUAAAAUAUUUUGCCUGGCUAGAGGACAAGAUCAAGAAUACGAACGAGUGCAUUACGGAGAUUUCAGGUGCAACGCAGUUGGAAAAGUUUAGACAGGAACAAGACCACUUUAUCGGAUUAAGUUUUCCAACUAUAUCGUCUGUCGGUCCUCACGGAGCGGUUAUUCAUUAUUCACCUACAGCAGAGACUGACAUACCUAUUACUAAUAAAGAACUUUAUCUCUGUGAUUCUGGUGCACAGUAUCGAGACGGUACGACAGAUGUAACGAGAACGUUGCACUUUGGCGAACCAACGAAUUUCGAACGUGAAUGCUUCACCAGAGUUUUUAAGGGACAAUGCAGACUGUCGACUAUGGUAUUUCCCUUGAAAACGAAGGGAAACUAUCUCGACACAUUGGCUCGCGAAAGUUUAUGGAGCGUUGGUCUUGAUUACCUUCAUGGUACUGGCCAUGGAGUGGGAUCCUAUCUUAAUGUCCAUGAGGAGCCGAUUGGUAUUUCAUGGAAACCACAUCCAGAUGAUCCAGGUUUACAACCUGGAAUGUUCUUAUCAAAUGAGCCAGGAUAUUAUGAAGAUGGAAAGUUUGGUAUAAGAUUGGAGAAUAUCGAGUUAGUCAUUCCCGCAAAGACACCUUACAAUCACAAGAACCGAGGUUUUCUGACCUUUGAGACCAUGACGCUUGUACCUAUUCAAACGAGUCUGCUCGAUGUAUCAAUGCUUACGGACAAGGAGAUCGAAUAUUUAAAUAAUUAUCAUGUGAAAUGUUUGGAGGUCUUAAGACCUUUACUACAAGGAUCAGAGAACAAUCAAGCGCUCAAAUGGCUUGAGAAACAAACCCUUCCUAUUUCUCGCUGAAGGUUUCGUAAAUAAUUGACUUAAUAUAAUGAGCUGUAAAAAAUCUCUUGAGAAUGUGUAACAUAACAAGAUUGCCUGAUUUAAACUAACGUUACUGCGAACAAAUAUUUGAUUGGCACAUACAAAAUAUUUUUUGUACACGGAUGGCUAUGAGGUAUUAUAAUCCACUCAAUCUUAAGAGCAACUAUACGUGAGUGAAUUAGCGAAAACAAAAAUAAUCUGAUUUAAGACCUUUGGUCUUGUCUAAAUAAGUCUAAUAAAAAAUGAAUCAAAUUUUAACAAUCCGUUUGCAUUUACUAAAUGAUGUAAAUAUUUUAACAGAAAAAAUAUUGGGAUGCAUUUUUGUACGUUUGUUCACUCAGCGUAUAUCUAUCUCAAAGAAAAGAAAGAUAGAUGUUUUACCGCACAUUGAUCAAGUCCGGUGUUAUACAGUUUAUUAUUCAUAUCUUUAUAAUACAAAAACAAUGUUAUUUCAAUAGACAUUAUAGAUCCUAAAAAAAUAUAAACCACAGAUUGCAUUACAAUUUUAUCACGAUAUAUGUAUAUAUAUUAAAACUAUGAGAGAUA